AUUUGGAUUUGUGAAAUGCAACCUGUGUAAGGGUAAGUUAUCUUAUAAAAGGUAAAUGACAUUCUAUAUAAGUUGCCCUAGUCAUUCCACAGUUCCAGGUGUUAUUUUGUGGAGCCCAUGUCUUGUCACAUCACACGUGGAAAUGACUUUGACAAACCUUGGACAUCUUUCUUUCAGUCCAUGGACUCUAAAAUAACAAGAAUUUGCAUUGUCGGGAGCGUAAAAUUGGUUAUUUUGAAUGCCGCCUCUUGUAUUUUUCAUCUGCCCCUUGUACACAAAGUUAGUGAAACCACUGCAUCAUGGAGGACUACAUACAUCCAGGCAGACCUGACCCCUCAUGAAAGAAGACUAGCUUAUGAAUUACGCCAAGAAAGAAACAGACGCUUAGAAAAUGGAGAAACUGACCUCAUUAUAAGAAACGGGAAGAUACUCAAGAAGCGCCAGUUUAGCACUGACCCCCCUCGACUAAAUAGAGAUAGAAAUAUUCAAAAUCAGUCUCAGAGAAAUAGAAACAGGCAUCCAAUUUCAAGUUCAGAUGAAGAGGAAACCUACAAUAGAGUCUGA